CUAUUUCUAGAUCAAAUUACAAAGAUGUCAUCUGCACCUAUUUGUGAUCGCGUUAAUACAUAUGCUAAUAAAAGCAGGGUUAUACCCGGUUAUGAAGGAAUACCGUACAAUUUAUUAUUAAACGUUGUUGGUUGGGUGGUUCUUAUGUCCGGAUUUACAUUGUUAAGGAAACUUGCAUGGGACUAUGGGCGUAUGGCUAUUUUUCAACCGAGGAAAAAUAGGUGGACUAUAUUUUCAGAAUUAAAUGAUGCUUAUUCUGUUGGUGAUAAUGCUUCCACAGAUAGUGGUGGAGAACAAAAUCCAUCUACUAAUGAUCAUGGUUAUUUAUCAUGGAUUGUUAAUUAUUUCAAGUUAACAUCAGCUGAUUUACAAUUGAAAGCAGGCAGUGAUGCUGUACAAUAUCUUCGAUUUCAUGCAUAUUUAAUUAUUUACACAGCAAUCACUACAGUAUUGUGUUUAGUGGUUAUACUACCAGUCAAUAUACAUGGUACAUUGAAAUCUCCAGACUUACAAAAAUUCGGUGUAACAACCAUAUCGAAUAUAUCGGCUAAUUCAUCUAGUCUAUGGGUGCAUACAAUAUUUGGAAUUGGAUUUUUUCUGUUGGCAUUUUUUCUUAUGCAACAUUUCUCGAGACAAUUUCGUCGAGAGUCAACGCGGACAUCGAAUUUUUCAGAGAAAACACUAAUGAUUUCUGGUAUACCACGUACAAAUUGUUCAAAAAGAUUGAUUUUAAAUCAUUUUGCAGAAUUUUAUCCAGAAUGUCAUGUUGAAGAUGUACAAAUUUGUUAUGAUACCCGGAAAUUAAUUAAACUUGAAAAUCAGAGAGAUACUAUCAAAGCUGCAUUACAUUAUUCUAAAGAAAGUUAUGAACGUAAAGGUAAACGUCCAUUUAUCAUACCAUGUUGUUGUGGUUGGAUGUAUAAAAAAUGUUAUGAAAUGAAUUGUUGUCGUCAAUGUUGUUGGCGUACUAAUCAUGAUUAUAUUUCCACUGAUUACAAAGACAGUAAUAAUAAUAAUAAUAUUAACAAUAUUAAUAUUGGUAAUAAUAAUAGUAACAAUCUUCAUGUUACUAUACCAUGUUCUACCAUUGAUAAUCAUAAUCAAUGCUCAUCAUCAUCACCGUCGCCAACAUCGCCAACAUCCCCAACAUCGUCCACACCAUCACCUCAAUUUUAUCAUUAUAAAAAAAAAUGUACACCCUGUCUUUGUUGUUGUACAUGUCCACCACCGGUUGAUGCAAUUAAUUAUUAUACAAAUAGAAAAUUAUAUGUACAAGAAAAAAUUGAAAAACAAUAUGAUACUACUAUUAAAACACCAAUUGGUAUUGCAUUUGUAACAUUUUCAACAAAAUAUGCUGCUGCAUAUGUAUGUAAGAAAUAUCGCAAUAUUUGUCGACGUUUAAUCACAUGUAUGACGUCUAGUCAUGAUUCAUUAUUGAAAAGUCAUCUAUGGUCGGUGGAUUUUGCACCUGUUCCAAGUAAUAUUAUUUGGGCCAAUCUAGCAACUCCUAGAAUUGUAUGGUGGUUUCGUGCAAUCACUAUCAAUUUAUGCAUUUUCGUUGUAGUGUUCUUUCUCACUACUCCUACUUAUGUAUUAAAUUUAGUCAAUACACUACAUUUAACUGAACGUUUACAAAUUAAUAAUCCGCUAUUGAUUCAAUUUAUUCCAUCAAUUAUUCUAUGGUCAGUAUCUGCUUUACUGCCAUAUAUUGUAUUCAAUUCUGAUCGACUUGUUGGCCACUGGACUAAACCUGUACUACAUUUAACUGUAAUGAUUAAAACAUACACUUUGCUAAUUUUAAUGAUUUUAAUUCUUCCUUCACUUGGCCUAACAUCAAUACCUGCUCUUCUUCAAUGGCUUUUCCCGGAAAUGCAUCUCAUACCAUUAGUCCCAGCAAGUUAUAAUAAUAAUUCAAACAUUGGUAAUAAUAUUAAUAAUAAUAAUGAUGCUAUGACUACUACUAAUACUAUUACUACUAUCACCACUAUAACUAUUACUAAUAACAAUCUAAGUAGUAUUAAUAAUCAUGACGAUUCCAAUACACUCGAUAAAUCCGAAUUUCACGAAGAGCCAAGUCCAUUUCUUCCCAUAGGACCACAAUCAUUUCAAUGGGAAUGUGUUUUUAUGCCAGAUAAUGGUGCAUUCUUUGUAAAUUAUGUAAUUACUGCAGCAUUUAUUGGGACAGCAUUGGAACUUGUACGAUUUUCGGAAUUAUUUAAUUAUGCAUGUCGUCUUAUGUGUGUAAAAUCACAAGCUGAAAAAGUUGGUGUACGAAAGGCUAGUCAGUUUGAAUUUGAAUUUGGAUUGUUUUAUGCAUGGAGUUUAUGCGUGUUCUCUGUGAUCUGUGCAUAUAGUAUUUUAUGUCCAUUGAUUACACCAUUUGGUCUAAUCUAUCUGAUAUUGAAAUAUUUCGUUGAACGUUAUAAUCUCUAUUAUGCUUAUUUACCUAGUCGUAUUGAUGCACAUAUUCAUUGGCUUGCAGUUAGUUGUAUGUUAGCUUCAGUGUUUCUAUUACAAUUAAAUAUAUUUAUGUUCAUUGUUUUACGUGCUAAUACAGUUAGUCAUGCUUUAGUGAUUUGUUCCUUAUUGGGUUUAAUAUUCUCGGCAAUAUUAAUGAUAUUCACUAUUAUUACUGGUUGGAUUAUGGCUGGUAGUAGUUCAGCACGUAAACUUCUACUUAAAAAUGCUCAUAUCUUGUCAGUGCAUGAUGAAGACACAUUUGUUGAUCAACAUGAUCGAUAUGAUAGUUUAAAAAGUGUUCAACGUGGAGGAUCACAUUUGAAUGAUAUAACUUAUACAGAGAACGGUCAAGAAUCAGAAAUACCCGCUGUUCUAUCUAUGCGUCGAAAUAACAGUGAACCAAAUCAAUUUUUGCAACCAUUAAAACCAGAUGCAAUACAACGUAAUGAUUCAAUCACUCCACUUCCUCCACGACUGUCACCCGCACCGGCACCGCCAUCAGCUCUUCAUCAUAUGCCUACUUCUUCUUCUUCUACUUCUUCUUCUUCACCACAAAUGUUAACACGUGAUCAUAUCGCACGACAUUCAUUCCCUGUAAGAAUGAAUAAUAGUAAAGAACAAUUUGUUGCACCAGUUCUAUUAAGUUAUCAACGAAGGCAUAGUGUAGCACAUAUGAGUGCACAGUCAAUGAUUACUUCAUUAUCGGAGAAUAAUUUGGACAAUGUUUCACAAUCAGAUGAUACUCUGAAAUAGAUUGUCUACUUUCAUAACAACGACAAACAACGAAUAGGAAGAAUUUUUUUACAAGUGUCUGCAUCGCCUUUUGCCUCCUUGUAAAUCAAUUUGUUUCUCUUCAAAACUGAUGUCGUCUCAAGACCACAUAUUGAUUAUCUCUCUCUCUCUCGCUGUCUCUCUCAGUAUUUUCCUCUUUUGUUGUUGAAAUAGUUUAGAUUUCCAGAUUUACCCUACUUAUUUUUCGAUUGCUACUUAUUCAUUUGUUAUUGAUUUAUUAUUUGUGGAUAUAUAUUUUUUUCAUUUCUCUUCAGAUAAUUCUCUUUAUUAACAAGAUAUUUAGUGUAUUUCGACAUUGGUCGCAUAAAAAUUGUGUUAUUAUUUUUGUCAUCAUUGAAUAAUGAAUGGGACAACAUGACAAUACCAUUCGAUAUCCACUUUUUUCUUUUACCUACUCACUCACUCACUCACUCACUCACUCACUCACUCACUCACUGACUUACUUUAAAUCAGAUAUCCUAUGAUUUAUCAAUCUGUAUUUUCUUAUCACACUUUGUUGUAUAUUGUGAUUGUGACAAAUGUGAUGAUGAAUGUGCUCUUUACCUAUAAAAAAAAACAAAAUUAUGAAAAUGCACUUGAAAACUCUCAUCUCUGUAUGCAUUUUUUUUGACUUUCUCUUCCUACUUCUAUCUCUCUCUCUCGCUCUCUCAAUUUAUCUCGCCUCAUUCUAUUCAUACUUGGCGUGUAAUUCGUUUACUACUACUACUACUGCUGAUGUUGCUGUUGUUGUAUUCUCUGUGUGUGUGUGUACAGGUAUGUUUCGAUGUUAUUGAUCGUUUGUUUGCUGACUGGUUUUUUUUUUAGGGCUACGAUAAUCAUCACUUUGAAAGAAAGAUCAGAAAACACAAAAAAAAAUUAUAUACCAAAUGAUAUUUUCAUUUCUUUUGCACAAUCUUGACAGUUUUGAUUUUCUUUUUUUUUCCCUGGAAAAAUUAAAUAAUAAUCGAACGAAGAAAUUUGUUUACAA